AAUAACAUCCGAUUCCAACCGGUAAAAUCACCCCUCGUACUUAUGACAAUCAACCAAUUAUUUCCGCUGGUCGAGAAUGAGAUAUUCUUUGCCUGAGAAUUCUGGAUAUGACACGCCUGAAGUAUAAAGGAUAGGAAGGUUGAGUACAAGUGAAGUCAUUUUGGCUCUAUCAGUGGAACACCCUGGCCGCUUGUUUAUCAUUGCAAACAACGCAGAAGCAACCCUUGAAUUUCAAGUAUACGCUUCUCACACAAGUGUAAGAGGAACGCUUCGGGGACAUUCAAGAUUUUAAGAUGGCGACACGACCGACUGGCUAUGGGUUGACAGCAGAAACGAAACGAAAAAUUGACAGCAAAUUUGACGCGGAUUUGGCGAAUCAGGCUUUGAAUUGGGUAGAGGCAGUCCUGGAAGAAAAUUUGUUUGAUGACAGAGACGAAGCAAAUUUGAAGAAAUACGUGCAGGACCAGCUCAAAGAUGGAACAAUUUUGUGUAGAGUUAUAAACAAAUUGUCGCCAGGAAGUGUCAAGAAGGUGAAUGCUAGCAAGAUGGCCUUUAAGAUGAUGGAAAAUAUUGGUAAUUUUCUACAAGGUUGCUACAACUAUGGAGUGAAGAAGGAAGACCUGUUUCAAACUGCGGAUCUUUAUGAGGGAGCAAACAUUGUUCAGGUGGUCAAUGGACUGGCUGCACUCGCAAGGAAAGCUCAAUCUUCGGGUUACGAUGGGCCCAGCUUUGGUCCCAAAGAAUCGACUGCUGCCCCUCGAGAAUUUACACAAGAGCAGCUGGAAGCUGGGAAGAGUAUAAUAGGGUUGCAGAUGGGCUCAAACAAAGGGGCCUCACAAGCCGGACAGAAUUUUGGCAAAACUAGGCAGAUUCUUGAUUAGCAUUGAGGGAAAGUAGAGAAAAAUAUAUUUUGGACCCAUAUUAAAAGUUAUAUUAAAUGCCAGGGAAAUAUUGUUUAUGAAUUAUCUAUUAGAUAAAGAA